UUUCUCUCUCUAACAUUUACGAUUUCUUGUUUCUUUCUUUCAUUUCAAUCCAGCAAACCCCUUUACACUGCCCCCCUUUUAUUGCUAAAAGGAUCGUCCAUAGUCAAAAUUGCAGGUAAUUGAUUUGAACUUCUUUAAUAUGCCUGGAGUUGUUGUAAUUGAUGAGAAUCAGUCGAUUCAUGAAGAUUUAGAAGCGAAAGAAAAUGGGAAUCAUGAAAUUAAGUCUCUUGACGGUGCUGUUGUUGAGACAUCAAUCGAACAGCUCUACGAUAAUGUCUGUGAGAUGCAGAGUUCAGAUCAGUCACCGUCGAGGAACAGUUACGGUUCCUACGGUGAAGAAUCCAGGAUUGAUUCGGAACUCCGACAUCUUGUCGGCGGCGAGAUGAAGGAAGUUGAAGUUGUCGAACAUGACGAUGAUGAAAUCGACAAGCCUGUUGAAACCCAGAAUCAUAAGAACGAAUCUGACGAUGUCUCAUUGAAGCAAAGCCCUAAAAUCAUCAGCAAAGGUAAGAAACCUAAGAAGAAGAACCCUAAUAGAAAAUCUGCUUUAGUCUCAGCAGAUGAUGAUGAUUCGAUUGAAUCUGGUAUUGAUAAUAGUAAUAAUAAUCCUGAUCUUGGACCAUAUCUGCUUAAACAAGCUAGGGAUUUGAUUUCUUCUGGUGAUAAUCCUCAAAAGGCUCUUGAAUUGUCUCUUAGAGCGGCGAAAUCGUUUGAGAAAUGUUCGAAUGGUAAACCUAGUUUGGAUGUGGUCAUGUGUUUGCAUGUUACCUCUGCAAUUUACUGUAAUCUAGGGCAAUACAACAAGGCCAUCCCCAUUCUCGAGCAUUCGAUUGAGAUUCCUGUUCUUGAAGAAGGACAAGAUCACGCCCUGGCUAAAUUCGCCGGUCAUAUGCAAUUAGGCGAUACCUAUUCUAUGCUAGGGCAGCUCGAGAAUUCGAUACAUUGUUACACGACAGGUUUAGAAGUUCAAAAACGCGUUUUGGGCGAAAACGAUGCGAGAGUAGGAGAAACCUAUAGAUACUUGGCGGAAGCCCAUGUUCAAGCUCUGCAAUUCGACGAGGCUGAGAGUUUCUGUAGAAUGGCACUCGAUAUCCAUAGGGUAAACGGGUCGCCAGCCUCUCUCGAGGAGGCUGCCGAUAGGAGGCUCAUGGGAUUAAUAUCGGAAACGAAGGGCGAUCACGAAACUGCUCUCGAGCAUCUCGUGCUUGCCAGCAUGUCGAUGGUGGCUAAUGGAAUGGAGAAUGAGGUAGCAGCUGUCGAUUGCAGCAUUGGCGAUACUUAUCUUUCGCUAUCGCGAUACGACGAGGCGGUUUUCGCCUAUCAGAAAGCGCUAGCGGUUUUCAAAUCCUCAAGAGGAGAGAAUCAUCCAGCGGUCGCGUUGGUUUUUGUUCGUCUGGCCGAUCUUUAUAACAAAACGGGGAAAUUGAGGGAGGCAAAAUCGUAUUGCGAGAACGCCCUUCGUAUUUACAACAAACCUGUGCCCGGGAUUCCUCCGGAGGAGAUCGCGAGCGGUUUGACGGAUGUUUCGGCUAUAUACGAGUCAAUGAACGAGCUCGAUCAAGCGAUUAAGUUGCUUCACAAGGCGUUGAAAAUCUACAACGAUGGGGCGGGACAACAAAGUAUGGUCGCUGGAAUCGAAGCCCAAUUGGGGGUUAUGUACUACAUGUUGGGGAAUUAUUCGGAAUCGUACGCGUCCUUCAAGAACGCCAUCGCGAAACUCCGAACAAGCGGGGAGAAGAAAUCCGCUUUCUUUGGAAUAGCUCUUAACCAAAUGGGCCUUGCUUGUGUUCAACGAUACUCGAUUAACGAAGCUUUAGAGCUUUUCGAAGAGGCGAGGGGUGUUUUGGAACAAGAAUGUGGCCCGUAUCAUCCUGACACUCUCGGGGUUUAUAGUAAUCUUGCCGCAACUUAUGAUGCCGUUGGCAGGUUAGAGGAUGCGAUCGAGAUAUUGGAGCACGUCGUCGGAAUGAGAGAAGAGAAAUUGGGGACUGCGAAUCCUGAAGUGGACGACGAGAAGAAGAGGUUAUCGGAGUUGCUAAAAGAUGCGGGUCGAGUGAGGAAUAGAAAAGCUAGGUCAUUGGAGACUCUCCUUGAUUCUAAUAAUAAUCAAAGUGUUAAAAAGGAUGAUGGGAUUAAGGUAUGAUUUAAGGAUUGUUUAUUUAUACAUAAUAAACAUACACAAAAGAAAAGAAAAGAAAAGGGUAUAGUUGUUUUCAUUGUGCCAACAAUUGUUGUUGUUGUAAUUUGUCUAUUCAUUUAUAUUUUAACAAAGUGUUUUUUAUUUCAAUGUAACACAUCUUGUAACAUUAUAUGAUUGUCCCA